AGAAUAUCAGGCAGUUAUUUAUCUCUUAGUAUAAAGCCUGAUUUCAAACUUAGAAAGGCGCUAAUGUAAAUGUAUACAUUUAUAAAGCAUUUAUGCUAGAUUCCCUAAGGAAACUAAUAAUUUAAAAACAUUCAUGAAGUAGAAUUCAUCAAAAAUGGAAGUUAACACAAUGCUACUUCUAACAUGUUUUGCAAUGAUGAUCAGUAAAGUGGUAUUGGCUGGUGAACAAUGGCCAGGGGACAGUGAUGCGUGUCCAGGGAACUGUGAAUGUACAACUGGCAUAAUCACAUGUACAAACCUCAAAACACUGCCACAAAUACCUCAUGGCACACAUACGGCAAUCCUCACAAAGUGCCAUAUUCCAACUUUAGAAGAUAACAGUUUCAAAAACAUGACAAACAUUACAAGUCUUAAGAUGAGACACCUCAAUAUGGAUGGACAAGUUGCCAUUAAACAAAACGCAUUCAUUGGAUUAGAUAAUUUACAGGAACUUGAGAUAUCAUCAACAUUUCUUUUAAUACCCAGUGGUAAAAUUGAUGCUUUUGACUCCCUGGUUAAUCUGAAAUCCCUGAAUUUAUCAGGAGCUGAACUUAUGGGUAUAGAUGCACAGCAGAUAUUGAAAAAUAUCACACGACUUGAGAUACUGGAUCUAAGCCAUAAUAUGAUAGCUACUUUAACAGUAGAUUUGAGUGAUAAUUUGCAGCAUUUGGUGCAUGUUAACUUAGCAGUGAAUGCAUUUGCAUCAAUAGAUGAUGCAGUGAAUGUGUUUAACAAGUCCACUGAUUUACAAUACCUUGACCUAAGUGCUGCAUUAUGGAGACGGCCUGGGAGUAUUGCAAUUGACAAACUUGGACCAGUGUUUUUAACUUUCACCAAACCUCUAGUACUGAAACUCAAUAGUGCGCUUAUACCAAAAAUUGAGAAUGACUUUUUUGAUAAUGCACAAACAAUUUCAGAAUUAUAUUUUACAGACUGCCGAAUUGAACUCAUAGCCGAGAAUACUCUGAAGAAACUCUCACCAAUCAAAACAUUAGACAUCAGCAAAAAUCCGCAAUUAACAAUGAAAAUACUGUUUUCAAGUUUGAAAGAAGUGGACAUAUCUGAGCUGAUUUUUCAAGACAACCAGUUUGACAUUGAAAUUGACAUGGACUUGGUAUUGCUACUGGAGAACACAAGCUUGGAGAUAUUAGAUUUAUCCCAUGGGCAACUACGGACAAUUAGUCCAGAGGCAUUUAGCCCAUUGACCAAGUUAACAGAGCUUGAUCUUAGCUACAACCAGAUUCGGACUGUCACAAAAUUGGGAGAGUUCUUGAAAAUGAAAACUUUGAACCUUCAACACAACCAGUUAAAAUCUUUAGAUACAAACACAUUUAAUCAACUAUAUAACAUUGAAUCUUUAUAUUUAAAUGACAAUUUAUUGAAAGAUGUGGAUGAAAAUGCAUUGUAUAAUAUGGGCAAACUUGAAAUACUCGACUUGAGUAACAAUAACAUAACUGUUCUUCCUGACAAUUUCUUUUUCUCAAUGUUAAAUUUGAAAACUUUAAAACUCUCUCAAGCACUGAGGUUAAAAGAGCAAUCCAAGUGGAAUAAAGUAUUUGCAUCAUUAUGGAGGUUGGAAACUUUACUGGUGCAAAAUAAUGGGAUUACGGGACUUCAUGCAGAUACCUUUCAAUAUCUUAAAACAUUACAAGAGCUUGACAUUUCUGGCAAUGAACUUCAACUUUUGCCUGUUGGACUAUUCAACACCGCAGGUUCAACCUUACAAUCUGUGAAAGCAAAUAGAAACUUGAUUAAAACUAUUGACGUAAAGGUCUUUGAUAAACUUAACAAUUUAACACUUUUGGAUGUUUCAAUGAACCCAUUUAACUGUGUGUGUGAACUUGGAGAAUUUGCUGGUUGGAUUGUAAACAACAGUGUUGUAUUUGACUCAAAUCAAACUCAAUGUUUGACACCAGCGUCAUUACAAAACACAACUGUUUCAAAAUAUGCUUUUGAAAUACCAAUGAACUGUUAUGUUAUAAACACGCCAGACCUUCCAGUGGGAUUUGUUGUGCUGUUUGUAUUUUUCAUUCUUAUAGGAUUAUUAGCUGUCGGCUUGGUGUUUUACCUUGUACGUAACAGGAUUAAGACAGUUCUAUCUCCAGAGUCUAAAAUUCGCUAUGGGGCUAUUAAUGAUACAGAUGCAGACCUGUGAAAAACUAAUAAAUACGUAUUGUGAAAAUAAAGGGAGUACAUGUAUUUCUAAUUAAAGUGGUUGUAUAAGGCCUAAAGAUACCUUUCUGAUAAAGUGUACAUAUUUUUUAUAUUAAAAUGCCCACAACAAUUAAUCUGAUGCUCCAUAAUCAAACAAACAAAACUUGGGUGUCACCAGUUUUGUUUUUUACUUAACAUUUUGACUGUGCACAAAACUUUAUUAGGUAACUUAUGAUAUGUUCUUACUUGCGAAUUGAGCUCUCAGGGAGGUUGUGGUCCUGUGAGAUUAUAGUGGCCAGACUCCCACCUGAUAGAGAAAUAUGAAUACAAAUAAAUAUAAAUAUUAUACAACAUUGAUUUUGAAAUUUGGUAUUCUUUACCAAUGACAUGUUUGUCAGACAUGCCAUGCAAAUUUUU